CAAUUCUCUGUAAAAAGUAAAAGUAAAAGGGAUCCAAGUUAAUCGUGUUGAGAUUCAAAAGAAGGGAAAUCUGAAUUGCAAAGUGGUAAACCGGUGUUGCAUCGUCGGAGAAAGGUAAAAAUUAUCGUGGAAUAAGCAAGAGGAUGGAGUCGGAAGACAAAGCUGGAAACUCUAAAUACACAGGUAGCAGAAGCAUGUCGCCAACGACGUUAGCCUCGCCUACGUUGGCGACGCCGCCGACGCUGAAUUUAAUGGAACAGAUCCUAUUGGCGAAAAUAGAGAAGCAAAAUCUGCACGAGGUCGACAACAACGAAAUGGAUAAUAAUCAUGGAGGAAGAACGAGGAAGAAUUUUCUUCUUCGUAGAACCGACUCGAUGGACAGUCAAACGAGCGGGAGCACUUACAAUUCUUUGCUAUCCAGUGAUUCAGCAUCGAGCAGCAAUUUUUAUUGCAAGUGCGAUGAUUGCUUGCUGGGGAUCGCUGAUGAUUAUCAACGUAGCCCGACUCCUGUUGGUAGAAAAAAGAAAUGCUUGGAGAACUGUUCAGGGCGAAAUAAAUAAACGUUAGAAUCUUGUCUUAAACGACAAUUUCAUUCCAAUGGUCGCCGACAUCUCUGGAACGUUCUAAAAAGAAAAAUCCAUUUAUCUAACGAGGAUCAAAGA